AAGAGGAUGUACAUUUUAUAAAAACUAGAAUUAAAUUCUUAUGAAAUUUGUAAUAAUUUAGAUUUGUUUAAAUCAUGGUUGAUGAAAAAUUAAUUAAAAUUGUUCAAUCGACUUUCUCUAUUUAUGGACUUGUAUUAUCAAGAACACUUAGUAUUUCUGUUGCCAAACAAUUAUCACAAGUAAAUGAGGAUGAACAAGAAAAUUGGCUUACGGGUGUGGUAGAGCGAGUAUUAUCCCAAAAUUUAGAAAAUCCACAUGUGGAAAUAGAUCACAUUAGAAUUGCUAUUACAGAUUUUAUGAGAUCAGAUGUAUUAAAAGAAACUGAGACAAAAUUAAAUGUCAUUGAUGCGUAUGAUAUACCAAAGAUUACAUAUGAUCUUAACAAGAAAAAAUUUGUGUUACAUAAAAGCACUAUGGAUUUAUAUUCAGAUGUAACACAAAAGACUAUACUUUUUAAAGAUAGAUUUGAAACUAUAUUAUAUAGAAUAUUAAGACAUGAACUAUUCACUUCGCGUAAGCUUGGAGAAAAAAAUGUAUCCAAAAUAAAAUUAACACCUAUUGAAUCCUUGUACAGCGAGAGUAAAACAAGGGAUAUUUGCUUAUUAGGCCUUAUAGCUGAAUUUUCUGAAAAUCAUUAUUAUUUGGAAGACCCAGGAGGAGCAUUAAAAAUUGAUUUGAGACAUGCAAUUUUUCAAGAUGGUUUGAUUAUGGAAGGUUCUAUGGUAUUAGUUAGUGGUACUUACACUAAUGGGGUAUUAUAUGUUAAAGAAAUAGGAUUUCCACCGCCAGAAUCGUCUGAUAAUUCACGUGCAGAUUUUGGAGAUGCUAAUACAUUUGGUGGACCUCAUCCUACGUCAUUGAAAUUAUCUGAAAAAUUGAAAGUAUAUGAAGAAUCCAAUCAAAAUGGAAUGAUAAUUUUUUUAUCAGAUUUAUGGCUUGACAAUUCGGUUGUAUUAUCUAAAUUUAAAAUUAUGUUGGAUGGAUUAGUGGACAUUCCACCAAUAGCUUUUGUAAUAUGUGGGAAUUUUUUGAGUUUUCCUGAAAAUGAAUUCAGUCCAGCAGCAAUGAAGGAAGGUUUCAAAAAAUUAGCCGAUUUAAUAAUUCAAUAUCCGACUAUAAAGGCGUCUUCGAAAUUUAUAUUUGUACCUGGUCCUUGUGAUUUGGGCGCACCAAAGAUUUUACCAAGACGAUCAUUGUCCAAAUAUGUGGUCGAAGAUAUCCAGAAAGCUAUACCAGAAGCUAUAUUUGCCACUAAUCCUUGCAGAAUUCAAUAUUGUACUAAAGAGAUUGUGGUAUAUAGAGAAGAUAUAUUGAUAAAAAUGUGUAGAAAUACUUUACGUUUUCCUAGUGGAGAAGAAUCAAAAGUACCUAAUCAUUUCGCUAAAUCUAUUAUUUGCCAAGCACAUUUGGUUCCUUUAACACUUACAGCAAGUCCUGUUUAUUGGACACACGAUUAUGCCUUACGUUUACAUCCUACGCCCGAUUUAAUUGUAGUCGCGGAUAAGUACGAACCAUAUUCGACUGUUUACUCAAAUUGCCAUGUGAUUAAUCCUGGAUCAUUUCCAAAUAAUAAGUUUUCAUUUAAGACAUACGUACCUGCAGCAAAUAUAAUCGAAGAUUGUGAAAUUCCAAGUACGCAGUAAAUUUCAAGUGAAGCAUAUUAAAUGUAUAAUAAAUAAAUUACUAUUAAAGUUUUUCUAGCAAGUUGUUGUUGUUUCUUUCUUUUUUUUUUUUUCUUUUUCUUAUCAAUUAUCCGAAAAUAUUCAUCUAUACAUUUUGUUAGGCAUUUAUUAAUUUUCUAAAUAACAAAAUCACGUCAUUUUACAAUACUUGAUAAAUUUUUGUCUAUUUCAUAACUUAAAUUACAACAAAUAUUAACGUCGAUUAUAUGUAUGUAAAAUUAAAUAAAACAAACAUCGGAAAUAACUUAUCGAGAAUACCGGGGGUACAUUUUUGGGUCCUCUGUAUCCAAUAAUACAAUACGAAGGAGUAUUUAGAAAAUAACUUAUUAAUGUUUACUAACGAUUUGGAUACAUCAGAGAUAAGUUUAACAUUAUGAAACGUAAUAUAUACUUUUUUUAAAACUCUCCUAAUGCUCUUCAUUUAUCGAUAAUAAUAAUAAUAAGUUCUGGACUAAUAGAAUAAUCUUACGUGCGAAAAUGUUUCCAGAGGACGUAAACGAUACGUACUAAUUUUUUGUUUUCAUUAUUGAUUUAUAUAAAUAGAUACAUACAAUAUUAAACACAGUGCUCCUACAACUUCACAGUAUAUAUAUAACAAUAUUACAAGUACAAAUUGGGCCUUGAUAUUCCUCAAUUUUUCGUACUGGAAUCAUGAAUGAUUCUUGGUAAAUCAAUCGUGGCGUCUUUAUUUAGAAAUAUGCAAUUUUAUGAUUAAAAAAAAAAAAAAAAAUAAAAAAAAAAAAAAA